AUGGCUCCGCCUUAUCAAAACGCGUAUGGUAAUGAGCAACAACAGACCCAACAACAGUACCAGCAAUACCCCCCUCAUCAACAACCACAGCAUAAUGCGCCGCCUGCCUACGGGUAUUACCCGCCAUACCAAGCCCAGCAGCCAGCGCCCUACCGUCGCGCUCCUUGUCAGAACUACGCUGUGGUCCUAGCGCGACAGCUCAAUAUCGGUCUUCCAAUCGCUAUCGUUGUCUUGAGUAUUUGGUGGUCUUUUAGAUCGCAGGUUUGUCCUAGCAAUGCGCCCGUGGGACAUGAAUGUUCAUGGAUGCUGUGGACCACUCUCCCAGUGGCUAUUGUCUCUGCUCUAUGGGCCAUUAUCAUGAAUAUCUCUGGUCGUCGCGCAACGCACUCCAUGUCCCAUAUUCCUCCAGUCGCCAACACCAUCGUCGAGCUCAUCCUUGCGCUAGGCUCUACGGCUUGCUUUGCGAUUCUCAUUUACCACCUUGAGACUUAUGCUGUCUGGAAUCGCUCCACAGAAAUUUCGAUGAUUGUUCUGCUGGUGAUACUAGCACUCAUCAAUUACAUCCUCUUUGCGUGGUCUAUUUAUGAGAUGAUGUUCUAUCGACGAGAAAGACAGAAUGCAAAUAGCAAUAUACCCAUUUAA